AUGAACCUGAUAUCCUUACCUUCUUCUCUAAGGAAACUGAGACAACUACAGAAAACAGGAGCACGCAAUAACCACAUUGCCACGCUGCCCACUGAAUUUGUGCAGCUAAAAGCUCUCCAGUGGUUAAACCUAGCCAACAAUGAACUGAGUGAUCUUCCAAAGAAUUUCAUGAACCUUGAAGUCUUGGCAUACUUGAACUUGGAUGGAAACACAUUUCUGGAAUCUCUGUCAGAUCGAGUUCCAGGAAUAAAAAAAUCAUCAAUCAAAAACAAAAAGAGGGAAGAGGCGCGCAUGGCCCCACAUAAUCAAGCAAAUUUGAGGGAACAGUCUGUGGUGCAGCCGCCCACUUCUACUGUUGCUCUGCCAGAGCCCUCCAUUGAUCACAGGGUAACUCCAAGCUCAGAUAUCUCCAAUGCUGGUGCCUCUUCUGGAAGUCAGGGUAAACCUUCCUUAAGACGGAUCAAAGGCCGCAUCCACAGAAGCAAAAGCCUAGAUAGUAUUGAGCUGCUUGACUCCAAUGUGGUAGCAAGACAGAAAAAGGGAGUAGCUGAUUCUGUUCUGAUUAGUUUUUUCACUAGUAAAGGGAUGAUUGUGGAAUCAUAUGCGUGA